GUGGAACUGUGGUUGGAGAAAAAGCUAAAGUGCGAAAGGCGAGGGCCCGGGCCAGAGUCGGAGGACUUGCAGUGGGAAGGGCGCGCGGCGCAGUUUGCUCAGAGCUGGAGUUGAAGCCGAGAGUAGACCAAAAGAGACCUACCCAGAAUCAGGAGAGGCAGACGUCGUGACUGGCCCGGGGGCUUGUGUCCUCGUUCUUCCCCGGUACACCUCCUCCGACCCCCCGUCCAGCAUUUCUGUGGUCCCUAGGAUUGUUGAAGAAUAUAGUCGAUGAGAUGAAGCUCUGUUAGGUCUCCGUGGGAAGGGUCGGGCCAGGAGUGAGUGCCCACUAGUCGUGAGGCGUCCUCACUCCCCCCAGGGAUCGCCUCCCGCCUCUCCCAGGAGCUGACCAAACGCUGAUCCAGGACCUUUCAGGAUUCCUUGCCCCGGGUGGUCGCCCGAGCAUUGUUCCAAAGAGAGUAGCGGGAGAGUCUUAGUAACUGGCAUUGAUGAGGGGCGCGGUGCCCCGGUAUCCCCAGCGCUUCCCAGCAGCGGGUGGAAUCCCCGGCUUGAUGGAGUGACCACUGGGAGCUGUGGACAGCUGCCCAAAAAAGGGCCAGCCUCGGCGGUGAUCGAGUAGGAGUGCAGGCCUUGGAUAUCCAGAAAGGAUACCUACAAGAUGCCAGUAUGGACAGAAUAGCUUAUGAUGCUUAUCCCCACCUACCACUUCCGAGACAUUGAGCGGAAGCCAGAAUACCGCCAGCCUGAGAAGUGUGUCCCACCUCCUCAUCCCAGUCCUGUGGGAGCCAUGUGGUUUAUCCGUGACAGCUGUGGCAUUGCCUGUGCCAUUGUUACCUGGUUUCUGGUCCUCUAUGCAGAGUUUGUGGUCCUCUUUGUCAUGCUGAUUCCAUCCAGAGACUACGUAUAUAGCAUCAUCAACGGAAUUGUGUUCAACCUGCUGGCCUUCUUGGCCCUGGCUUCCCACUGCCGGGCUAUGCUGACAGACCCUGGGGCAGUGCCCAAAGGAAAUGCCACCAAAGAAUUCAUUGAGAGUUUACAGCUGAAGCCCGGGCAGGUGGUGUACAAGUGUCCCAAAUGCUGCAGCAUCAAGCCCGACCGAGCACACCACUGCAGUGUUUGUAAGCGGUGCAUCCGGAAGAUGGACCACCACUGUCCCUGGGUCAAUAACUGUGUCGGUGAGAACAACCAGAAGUACUUCGUCCUGUUUACAAUGUACAUAGCUCUCAUUUCCUUGCACGCCCUCAUCAUGGUGGGAUUCCACUUCCUGCACUGCUUUGAAGAAGACUGGACAAAGUGCAGCUCCUUCUCACCACCCACCACGGUGAUCCUCCUCAUCCUGCUGUGCUUUGAGGGGCUGCUCUUCCUCAUUUUCACUUCAGUGAUGUUUGGGACCCAGGUGCACUCCAUCUGCACAGAUGAGACGGGCAUCGAGCGCCUCAAGCGAAAGCACCAGCCCAGGGAGCACACGGGCAGCUGGACAUCAGUGAAAGAGACCUUCGGUGGGGACUUCUCCCUGAACUGGCUCAACCCCUUCUCCGGACUGUGUCACCCAGAGCCUCUCAGUGCCGGGGAUGGGAUGCGGCAGGUGUCAGACACUGACAGCACAGAAACAACGGAGGAGCCGCCAGAGGAGAGGAAGGCCGAGGACUCUGUGGGGGUGAUAGGCGAGUGAUGCUGCAGGGUCUGCCCGUGGCCCACGGGCACGACGCCCUGGCCCCACUGCCCCUCAGGCCUCUGUAAUGCCUCCUCCCUAUCCACAUGCUGGGCCAGGCCUGGGCUGACAGAGGAGGAUGAGAGGCCUCCUCAGUCACUCUGAGGAGAGUCUGCCUGGGGAGAGACUGGCGGGAGGCGCUCUUCAGGACCGGGGCCCCUCACGGUUCAUGCAGCCAUGCCCAGCAAAGGCAGCUCUGGGCAGGCAACCCAGGGGCAGGAAAGAACCAGCCUGUGGCUUUUCCCAGGUUGUCUGUCUUCUCUUGGGGACGUGGGGCCCUGGCUCCUGGCUUGUGAGAACUGAGGCCGUGAUGCUGUGAUGAAAGGACAGAGCAGGCCCAGCCUUGUUGACCUGGGGGGGCUCUGACAUCAGGAGGGACCAGCCAGCUCCAGAAAGGACUUCCCCUGCUGCCUGCCUGGCUUAGAAGAAAGCAUGGCUGGCACAGCCACCAUCACAGGUCAGGCUGGGCUCGCUGUACACACAUGCGGGUGUGGAACGUGCCCAGGUUGGAAACAAGCCUGCGUUAUACAGUAGCCCCCAAAACCUAGACCUGCCCCAUGGAUACUAGCACCUUCCUGAGCUGGACAGCUUGGAGCUGUCCUCCUGCCGUGCAGUUAGAAUCCACCCGCUCACAGGGGACAGGUGGGAAGGGACCUGCUGACAGCUCCCGGGGACUGCCUGCCUCCAUGAGAACUCAAUUACCUUUCUCUCCUGAACAGAGAACAAUGACCCACAUGGACAGAACUGACCAGAAAUCUGGCCUGUGUGUUUAAGGCCACUUCUCCCAAGAUAGUGCCCAUCUUGUCUCUGAAAGGAUAGACUGAUGAAGCAGGAAGACAGACAGACACACACACUCUUCCAGGAUGAUCCUGGACCCUGGUCACCCCGGUUGAAGCCUGAGGGGUCUGUGACCACUAUGAAGGCCUGAGCAUUCCAGCGGUUGCUGAAGCAGCAUCUCCCACACAGAGUCCAACAGAAGGAUUCAUGCCCCAGUUCCAGCCCCGUCCCCAGCCUCAGCCUGUUCUCUAGCCCCUGCCCAGCAGAGCCGGCAGCAGUAUUGGCAGCAGGCUCAGGCACCGAGGCCGAGCCUGCCCCGGGAAGGUCUGUAUGUCGGGUACCCGCUCCCAGCUUUCGGCAGAGGAGCAUUGAGUCCUGGUCUGGGGGAGCUGUAGCCCCAGUUAAUGGGGAAGAAGGUCCACAUUUGGUGAUGUAGCCCAGGACACUUUAAAAGGAAGGCUCUGGUAACCACGGGGAAGAAAGGAGGGUCAGGCAGUGGCCUAGUUCUCACACAGCAGCAGUGGGCAUCCCAGAAAGAAACCCCCCGUCAAACACUGAAGAUCCACCAGUCUCUGGGGUCACCUGCCCUGAGGAACCGAUGUUCACAGAGUCACCUCUGUCCCAAUCCCUGCUCAGAGCUUCUCGCCAUGUCCCUGAGAGGAGUGGUGGGGACUCCAGCAUUGACAGGAGCCAGAAGAGCCCAGGGCUCCCCACACCCAGGCUGUAGGCCUGUUUUCUUGGUUCCUAUCAGCUUUAAUAUUCACUUAUGACCCCUCAAGGAGCCCUGGCUGGCCCCCAAAGCCCACUGACUCUCAAACCAGGCAAGGCACUGCUGCUUACCCCUCUGGGAGGUGGCUGUCCACAGGUGGUGGCCUGUUUGUUGUCCUCGCCCAGAAGGCAGCCCUGGGCACCCGCAUGGUGGACUGUGUACCAGAGAGACUCCACAUGGCGGGGCCAGUCAGGGCCACCCCUGGAGUCCCCAAGGAGGCAGCCUGUUAGAGUCAGGGAAGAGGGGCCACUGAUCACUGUGUGCUGGCACUGUCUUCCUCAGGGCCACCCUGGCCUGUAGGUGAGGUCCCACCGGCUCCAAAGCCAGUUCCAUUCAUCACAUUGGUUGGUGAGGAGGCAUUGUGCCUGGGCCUCCGUCCUUGUGAGCCCGUCUCCACGCGAGACCUCAGCCACACCAGGCCACCUGGGGAGGGGCUGGACCGGGCCCAGCCCAGGGCUGUGGCUAAUACCUGGCCAGCCCGGAGCCUCAUGUCCCAUGCUGGUGACACGGUCACCUUCUCUCUAUGCAGCUGUUGACAGCAUAACAAUUAGCCUCAAACUGACAGCACCGCAACUGAUGUCAAGACAAAAUGAAGGCCCACAGGGAGGGAGGCUGGCACAAACUUCUGUAUCUUUCUCUGAAUGAAAAGCUCUUU